CUCAUCUCAUCUCAUCAACUCAUCUUGAAUUGAUAACUGAGAUCACGACCGGCGAUGGACAAAAGCUCACAAGGCGAUCUUCUCGAAGCAAAGACAAGCCAAUCAGCACCCUGCUGCCGCUUCAUUCUGAGACGCCGCUCCAAGACCAAGUGAAACGCUCGGCAAGUGGAGAUUCGCAACGUGUCGAGAGAAACGGCUUCUGUCCCAACGGUUUUGAUAUCAAAAGAAAACCGAUCUGCACAAUUGCUUGGCCGGCGUCAACUUCUCCAGGUGCCGCAUUCUGACUUCAUGAUGUGUUCCUUCGGACGAGGGGUAAGAAAAGGUUAAACGGGGGACCCUGAAGAUCUGUUCUCGGUUUGUGCCGCUCACCGACUUUGCUCUCUCGAUACGAGCAGGUGGUGCACAGUCAGGUCACAGUCAUUUUUCAUUGCGGAGAGCCAUCGACAUUACGGCCUAGGUAGAGCAUAAAUUGAACCCGUAAUAACUCAAUCUCGACAAAAAAGAGGCCUAGCUCCAGCACAAGAACCCCUGAGCGGCUCCAGGACAGGCGGUGAACAGCCAAUGAAGUGAAAGUCAACCCCCCCUGAAGCUGUGGUACCUGUGGGGGCUGCCAUCUUGUGCCGCUAGGCCCAACCUGGCUCACAUCACCGGGGGCUGGCUUUCCUUCAAGAUGUUGCCCCUUCCCCGUGUUGUUUUCUGCGACCUGCUUCUCCUCCUGAGCCACCAUCUCGUGUUUCCGUUGUUGGGAACCAAGCCAGCCUCUUCAGGUCAAAACCAUCUUGCAUACCAACUGGCAGGAACGGGCCUUCCUGUCAUUCUAGUCACUCCUUUGACACAACAUUUUGAACCACUAUUUACUUUGAGCAUCUUGUUUUGCUCGUACUCGCUCCACGCGCGCGCAGACAAAACCCCAACAACCAAGUUUUCUAACCACCACAUUCCAACUUUUCCGAGUUUCAACCUUUCAAACCCAACCUGUCUCAGUAAUAGUUGCUAAAGCCCCCGCAACCAUGCUUAUGCAAUCCGCGCUCCUGGCGCUCGGCGCCACCGCCGUCGCCGCCCUCCAGCCCCUCGAGGUAAAGGGCCAGGACUUCGUCAACCCCAAAACCGGCAACCGCUUCCAAAUCGUCGGCAUGGCCUACCAGCCCGGCGGCUCGGCGGAAUACGACCCCAAGAAGAAGCGCGACCCCCUCUCGGACCCGGACGUCUGCAUGCGCGACGCCGCCCUCCUCCAGAUCCUCGGCGUCAACGCCAUCCGGGUCUACAACCUCAACCCCGACCUCAACCACGACGAGUGCGUCUCCAUCUUCAACGCCGCGGGGAUGUACAUGCUCCUCGACGUCAACUCCCCCAUGCCGGGCGAGGCCCUGACCUCGUUUGAGGUCUACAAGUCGUACUACGCCUCGUACCUCAACCGCACCUUCGCCGUCGUCGAGGCCUUCAAGGACUACCCCAACACCUUGGCUUUCUUCUCCGGAAACGAGGUCAUUGACAAGGAGGAGACGACCGAGUUUGUUCCUUCCUACGUCCGUGCGGUCACUCGCGACUUGAAGAAUUACAUCAAGAACUGGUCUGACCGCAAGAUCCCCGUGGGUUACUCUGCCGCUGAUGUGCGCGAGGUUCUGUGGGAUUCGUUCAACUACUUUACCUGCUCGCUUCAGGGCGACAAGGACGACAUGUCGAUGGGCGACCUCUUUGCGCUCAACUCGUACUCUUGGUGCGGCGACUCGUCCUUUACGGAGUCGUCGUUUGACAAGCUGGUGGAGGGCUUUGAAAACACCCCCGUGCCCGUCUUCUUUUCCGAGUUUGGGUGCAACACCCCCUCCCCUCGCAUCUUCACCGAGAUCGGCAGCAUUUACGGCCCGGACAUGUACGACGUUUUUGCCGGCGGUAUCGUGUACGAGUACACCCAGGAGCCUAACAACUACGGCCUUGUCAACAUGACCGAGGAGGGCCCGGCUACCCUGAUGAGCGAUUUCUACUCUCUCCGGGAUCAGUAUGCGAAGCUUGACUUUAAGAAGCUGCAGAGCUUGAAGCCAAAGGGCAGCACGCCUAAGCCGGUGAGCUGCAGUCCCAAACUGAUCACGGUUGAUGGGUUCCAGAACAACUUUACACUGCCGGUGCUGCCUCCGGGGGCGAAGGAGAUGAUUGACAAUGGGAUUGAGAACAAGCCAAAGGCGGGGAAGCUGGUGGAGAUCAAGGACUGGAAGGUCAAGUAUGAGGUUCGGAACGCGGACGGGACGGUGAUUAAGGAUUUGGCUGUUAAGCCUUUGGCGGAUGAUGAGGUUAAUGCCCCCGGUUCCAACACUGCUAACCUCAGCGCUGGGUCUGGGUCUUCUGGAUCUUCCGGCUCGCAGGGCAGCACCAACGGUGGUAAUGGUGAUGACAAGGAGAACAGCGCUGCUGGCCAUGGGGUCAGUGGCGGUGUCUUGGCUCUCGUGAUGGGUGUUGCUGCUUUGGUUGCUGCUUUCUAAAGUGGAUUUAACCUGUCAUCAUGUUUGUUUGGCUUUUUUUUUUGGUGGAAACUUUUGGUCGGCUAUGAUGAUACCUGUUGUGUGUGUGUGUGUGUGUGUGUGUGUGUGUGUGUGUGUGUGUGUG